AUGAAUAGAGUGCUGAUAUUGCUUUUUGUGUUUGUUAUUUUAACAUCAACAUUAGGGGUGCAGGGUGAAGAUCCCUACAUAUUCUUAGAAUGGAACGUGAGUUAUGGCACCCGCUCACCCCUGGGAACUCUCCAACAGAUUAUUCUCAUUAAUGAUGAAUUUCCAGGGCCGAAUAUUAACUCCACCACCAACAACAACAUUCAUGUCAAUGUGUUCAAUAAUAUUGACGAGCCAAUCCUUUUUACUUGGCAAGGCAUUCAACUGAGAAAGAAUUCUUGGAUGGAUGGAGUUAUUGGAACAAACUGCCCAAUUCCUCCGGGGUCAAAUUUCACUUACAAAUUCCAGGUGAAAGACCAGAUCGGUAGCUACAUUUACUAUCCCUCCACAGCGUUUCACAAGGCAGCUGGCGGCUUUGGUGGCCUCCGAGUAAAUACCCGGGAAUUCGUCCCCGUUCCUUAUGACAGAUAUCCUGAAGAUGACUACACUGUUCUCAUUUGUGAUUGGUAUACCAAAAGCCACGUUGAUCUCAGGAAUAUGUUGGAUAGUGGUCGCUCAAUUGGGCGGCCUAAUGGUAUCCUCAUCAAUGGAAAACACGGACAGCCCGAUGGACAGGGCGAGCCGCUUUUUACAAUGAAGGCUAACAAGACAUACAAGUAUAGAAUCUGCAAUGUUGGGAUUAAGACCUCGCUCAACUUCAGAAUCCAGGGCCAUAGUAUGAAGCUGGUGGAGAUGGACGGCUCGCACACCGUACAGAAUGAUUACGACUCUCUAGAUGUUCAUGUUGGACAGUGCUAUGCCGUGCUUGUGACUUCUAACCAGACUCCCAAGGACUACUACAUGGUGGCUUCCUCCCGAUUCAUCAAAACAGUGUUGUCAGCCACGGCAAUCAUCCGUUAUGCUGAAAGCAACGAGCUGGCCUCCCCGGAACUUCCCCAGGCUCCGGAUAAUUGGGCCUGGUCACUCAACCAGUUCCGUUCUUUCCGUUGGAACUUGACUGCCAGCGCUGCCAGACCGAACCCUCAGGGUUCCUUCCACUAUGGUGCCAUCAACAUCACCCGCACGAUCAAGCUCGUUAAUAAUGCCAGCACGGUGGAUGGCAAACUUCGUUAUGCCCUUAACGGUGUCUCUCACACCGAUCCAGGCACCCCACUCAAGCUCGCAGAGUACUACGGAGUCGCCGAUAAAGUUUUCAAGUAUGACACAAUUCCUGAUGAGCCACCAGCUGAAAUUAAAGAGGUUUCAUUGAAGCCAAUCGUCCUCAACACGACCUUCCGCAACUUCGUGGAGAUUAUCCUGGAAAACAGCGAGAAGAGCAUCCAAUCAUGGCAAAUGGAUGGCUACUCAUUCUUUGCCGUUGGAAUUGAGCCUGGAAAGUGGAGUCCAGAGAAGAGAAGCAACUACAAUUUACUAGACGCAGUAAGCAGACAUACAAUACAAGUCUUCCCCAAAUCCUGGGCUGCCCUUGUCUUAACGUUCGACAAUGCUGGAAUGUGGAAUCUCAGAUCAGAGAACUGGGAGAGGGCUUACCUUGGACAACAACUCUACGCCAGCGUUCUUUCUCCUGCACGCUCUCUCAGGGACGAAUAUAAUCUCCCUGACCAUGCUCUUGCCUGUGGUAUUGUUAAGGACAUGCCCAGACCUGCACCCUACAGCAGUUAAGCAAUUUACAGCAGUGAAGAGAAAGGAAAGAAGAAAUUCCCUCAGCGUUGAAAAAUAUAGCGAAAAAUAAUAGAUUUGAAAUUGUUAUAGUGUUGAUU